GCCGCUCCAGAGGGCCGCUGACGUGGAGGCAGGCAACCGAAGGGCUGCGGGGAGUGCCGGGGCUCGUAUUAGGAGCUCGGAGCCACAGGCCUGAAGGAUGCUAACCAAAUUCGAGACCAAGAGCGCGCGGGUCAAAGGACUCAGUUUUCACCCCAAAAGACCCUGGAUCCUGACCAGUUUACACAAUGGAGUCAUCCAGUUAUGGGACUAUCGGAUGUGUACCCUCAUUGACAAGUUUGAUGAACAUGAUGGUCCAGUACGAGGCAUUGACUUCCAUAAGCAGCAGCCACUGUUUGUCUCUGGAGGAGAUGACUAUAAGAUUAAGGUUUGGAAUUACAAACUUCGGCGCUGUCUCUUCACAUUGCUCGGGCACCUAGACUACAUCCGCACCACAUUUUUUCAUCAUGAAUAUCCUUGGAUUCUGAGUGCUUCAGAUGAUCAGACCAUCCGAGUGUGGAACUGGCAGUCUAGAACCUGUGUCUGUGUUUUAACAGGGCACAACCAUUAUGUAAUGUGUGCUCAGUUCCACCCCUCAGAAGACCUGGUUGUAUCAGCCAGCCUGGACCAGACUGUGCGCGUUUGGGAUAUUUCUGGUCUAAGGAAAAAAAACUUGUCCCCUGGCGCAGUGGAGUCAGAUGUGAGAGGAAUAACUGGGGUUGAUCUGUUUGGAACUACGGAUGCAGUGGUGAAGCAUGUACUGGAGGGUCACGAUCGUGGAGUAAACUGGGCUGCCUUCCAUCCCACUAUGCCCCUUAUUGUAUCUGGGGCAGAUGACCGGCAAGUGAAGAUCUGGCGCAUGAAUGAAUCAAAGGCAUGGGAGGUUGAUACCUGCCGGGGCCAUUAUAACAAUGUGUCUUGUGCUGUCUUCCACCCUCGCCAAGAGUUGAUCCUCAGCAAUUCUGAGGACAAGAGUAUCCGAGUCUGGGAUAUGUCUAAGCGGACUGGAGUUCAGACUUUCCGCAGGGACCAUGAUCGUUUCUGGGUCCUAGCUGCCCACCCCAAUCUUAAUCUCUUUGCAGCAGGCCAUGAUGGUGGCAUGAUUGUGUUUAAACUGGAACGGGAACGGCCAGCCUAUGCUGUUCAUGGCAAUAUGCUGCAUUAUGUCAAGGACCGAUUCUUACGUCAAUUGGAUUUCAACAGCUCUAAAGAUGUAGCUGUGAUGCAGUUGCGGAGUGGUUCCAAGUUUCCAGUGUUCAAUAUGUCAUACAAUCCAGCAGAAAAUGCAGUCCUACUGUGUACAGUAAGUAACCAUGGAGUCCUCCUAGGACCUCUCCAUUUCCCAACUCUGGCAUCUGUGAAGAUUUCCAAAGUGAAAUAUGUCAUCUGGUCAGCAGACAUGUCCCAUGUAGCACUACUGGCCAAACAUGCCAUUGUGAUCUGUAACCGCAAACUGGAGGCUCUAUGUAACAUUCAUGAGAACAUUCGUGUCAAGAGUGGGGCCUGGGAUGAGAGUGGGGUAUUUAUCUAUACCACAAGCAACCACAUCAAAUAUGCUGUCACCACUGGAGCCAGCAAUUUAGAGAAUAGUACCUAUGACUUGUAUACUAUCCCCAAGGAUGCUGACUCCCAGAAUCCUGAUGUANAGAAGGGCUAUCCUGAAGUGGCACUGCAUUUUGUCAAGGAUGAGAAAACUCGCUUUAGUCUUGCACUGGAGUGUGGAAACAUUGAGAUUGCUCUGGAAGCUGCCAAAGCACUGGAUGACAAGAACUGCUGGGAAAAGCUGGGAGAAGUGGCUUUACUACAGGGGAACCACCAGAUUGUGGAAAUGUGUUAUCAGCGCACCAAAAACUUUGACAAGCUUUCCUUUCUGUACCUUAUCACUGGCAACUUAGAGAAACUUCGCAAGAUGAUGAAGAUUGCUGAGAUCCGAAAGGACAUGAGUGGCCAUUAUCAAAAUGCCCUGUACCUGGGCGAUGUGUCAGAACGGGUGCGGAUCCUAAAGAACUGUGGGCAGAAGUCACUGGCCUAUCUCACAGCAGCUACCCAUGGCUUAGAUGAAGAAGCUGAGAGCCUGAAGGAGACAUUUGACCCAGAGAAGGAGACAAUCCCAGACAUUGACCCUAACGCCAAGCUGCUCCAGCCACCUGCACCUAUCAUGCCAUUGGAUACCAAUUGGCCCUUAUUGACUGUAUCCAAAGGGUUCUUUGAAGGCUCCAUUGCCAGCAAGGGGAAGGGAGGAGCACUGGCUGCUGACAUUGACAUUGACACUGUUGGUACUGAGGGCUGGGGAGAGGAUGCAGAGCUGCAGCUGGAUGAAGAUGGGUUUGUGGAGGCUGCAGAAGGUUUAGGGGAUGAUGCUGUUGGGAAGGGACAGGAAGAAGGAGGUGGCUGGGAUGUGGAAGAAGAUCUGGAGCUCCCUCCUGAGCUGGAUAUACCUCCUGGGGCAGCUGGUGGGGCUGAGGAUGGGUUCUUUGUGCCCCCCACCAAGGGAACCAGCCCAACUCAGAUCUGGUGCAAUAACUCUCAGCUUUCAGUUGAUCACAUCCUGUCAGGCUCUUUUGAAACCGCCAUGAGGCUUCUUCACGACCAAGUGGGGGUAACCCAGUUUAGUCCCUACAAGCAGUUGUUCCUACAGACCUACGCCCGAGGUCGUACCACCUAUCAGGCUCUGCCCUGCCUACCCUCCAUGUAUGGCUACCCUAAUCGCAAUUGGAAGGAUGCAGGGCUGAAGAAUAGUGUACCAGCUGUGGGCCUGAAGCUUAAUGACCUCAUCCAACGGUUGCAGCUGUGCUACCAGCUCACCACAGUUGGCAAGUUUGAGGAGGCUGUGGAAAAAUUCCGUUCCAUUUUACUCAGUGUACCACUCCUUGUUGUGGACAAUAAACAGGAGAUUGCAGAGGCCCAGCAGCUCAUCACCAUUUGCCGUGAGUACAUUGUGGGUUUGUCCAUGGAGAUAGAAAGGAAGAAGCUUCCCAAAGAGACUCUGGAACAGCAGAAGCGCAUCUGUGAGAUGGCAGCCUACUUCACCCACUCAAACCUGCAGCCUGUGCACAUGAUUCUGGUGUUGCGGACAGCCCUCAAUCUCUUCUUUAAACUCAAGAACUUUAAGACAGCUGCCACCUUUGCUCGACGCCUGUUAGAACUCGGACCCAAGCCAGAGGUGGCUCAACAGACCCGCAAAAUCCUGUCUGCCUGUGAGAAAAACCCCACAGAUGUCUACCAGCUCAAUUAUGACAUGCACAACCCUUUUGAUAUCUGUGCUGCAUCUUAUCGGCCCAUUUACCGUGGAAAGCCAGUAGAGAAAUGUCCACUCAGUGGAGCCUGCUAUUGCCCGGAGUUCAAGGGUCAAAUCUGCAGGGUCACUACAGUGACAGAGAUUGGCAAAGAUGUGAUUGGUUUAAGGAUUAGUCCUCUGCAGUUUCGCUAAGGCCCCUUUGUGUGUAUAGGGUCAAUAACCAUAUUACCCACCUCCCACCACCCCAGAGAAUUAAUAAGUCUCUGUGUCGUUGUAACUCCCUGUUCCUUACCUACCUUUCAAAUUGACAUUUAGCUCUCCCCACCCUAAAAUGUAGUGUCCUUUUCUCUUUUUCUGUAGCUAAUCAAAUGUCUAAACUUGACUUUUUUUUCUUCUUUAUUUUUUUGCCUUUUAGGACCUUUCAUUCUCUCAAGGUCACUACCCUUGUAGUCACAGUUGAACUUGCCUUCCCAGCUUAACUCUCAAGAAACAAAUGAAAACUUAUUGGUGAACAUUUGUUUAGUAAAUUCCUUCAAUAUUUAUCCUUUUCCUCUUCACCACCUUUUUAUCCUUUUUGCUAGAAAGGAGUGGGAUAUAAUAAAUAAGAUAGCAUCUUGUACUCAAUCACAGCAAACUCUUAGUUAUCCCUGAUUUUAAUCUCCCAGGCAGGUACCCUCUGUGUGCUCAGAAACUUAGUCUGAGAAGGAACUUUGUUUUUUUUAAAAAAUGCACAUCACUUUAUUGAUUUGCUCUGUAUAACCAUUGUUCUUAUUUUUUGUUUCUCACACUAAAUAAAUUUCUACAAGAAUUUGUGGCUUGCGAUUUGUUUCCUGGACACUCUCUCAUGUUUCUACUUACUCCUUGCGGCUGUUCCACCAAAGCAGAUAUCUUUCCUUCAAUAAUUAUUUUUAAUUACAAAGUAAUGAAUACCCAUUGUUAAAAUUUUUUUUUCCAUAGGAUAUAUUAAGCUGCUAUGAGAAUGGUAGAAAGCAAGUAGCUCCCCUAUUUCAUUACUGACUGCAUCUUUCCCCCUAUUGUUAAUUAUAACCAAUAUUUAUUGAGCACCCUUAACUGUUGUAGAUGUUUUAUGUCAGAUUAAUUAGUAAUAAAUACGUUGUAUUUACUACAAUGAUUAUAUUAACAAUACAGUAUUUUGCUUGUCAUGUGCUAAGUCUAGAGUGACAUGCUGUGCCUAUGAUUAAAAUACAUGCUUUUUCAUUUUAAAUUCAUGUUUUCAAUAAAUAGUAUACUCAUAUAAUUCAAAAAUCAGUAAAUAUAAAAAGCUAUUCUGUGACGUCUUCCUCCCAUCCCUUUCCUCAGCCACAUAAUUCCUGUCACCUUCUCCAAAACAAGUAACCAAUGUUGUUAGCUUCCUUAUCCUUCCAGAGAUUUUUAUGUAUAUACAAGCAGAUGUGAAUAUGUUUCUUCCUAUCCCCGUCAUGCAUAAGUAGAAGCAUGCUAUUUAAUGAUUUUGCAUUGUUUUCAGUUAACAUAUUUUAGAGAUUUUUUUUAUAUCAGUGUAUUAGAAAGUGUCACUUUUUUUUACUUCUAUACAUAGUGUACCAUGUAUUAUUUACUAUAAUUUAUGUAAGUUGCCUUCUUGAUGGAUAUUUGGAUUAUUUCCAGUCUUUCUUUGGCUAUUACAACAAUGCUGUAAUGAAUAACUUGAACAUACAUUAUACAGGUGGGAGAUAAACUAGAAAUGGAAUUCCUGCGUCAAAGAGUGCAGGCCUUUAUUAAUUUUUGCUUUUUUUUAAGAGUUUGCUUUAAGAGUUGCUUUCUAAACAUAGUAUCCUUAAACUGAGCCUGUCUUCUCAAAAACUUGCAUACUACUUUGAUAACAUUUUCUCAAGUUAUAAGCAUUCUUUCUGUAAACAGGCAAAUUGGUGAUAAAUUUUGGCAAAAGAAAAUUUUGUAAGUUUAAAAAUUAAAUUACAAAAUUAACUUUGCAUACAAAUAUAAACAUUCUGAACUCAAGGAUAUGAAAAAAGUGUGCAGUCUAUGCCUCUUGAAGCUUAUGGAAUUGGGGAAAUGAAAUGGAUAUAUGUGAAAUAAUUGUGAAUACCAGGCAAGAAUUUGAAGUCGGUCAAUAAACAGUGGAAAGCCAUUA